UUAAUUUGAAUUUUUUUUUACAUAUUUGUCCUUUAAAAACCGUAAUAUAUAGAAUAACCCAAAGUAAUGGAUCUGCAAGUUGCUGUCUGUGUAAUCACAAAUAGGAAUCAAAUAGAAAAUGGUAUUUUCCCUUACAUUGAAUUAUGGAAUUAAUAGGGAAAUUUAUAGCAUAUCUGGUCAGUGUAGUUUGAAAUAUAAUUGCCAAGAUAAAAGAGCACUGAAAUUUUGUAUCCAAGAACCUUACUAUCAGAAAGGAGAAACAAAAACAGUCUUUGAUAUGCCUGUUUCUGGGAAAAUAAAUGAUUGCUUGCCUGACUUAGCUUUAUGUCCAUUGAAUACUUCCAACAUUUCUGAUAGCAUUCACGAAAGCCAACCAUUACUGAGCAAAAUGGAUUCGGAACCUUGCUGUAGUAUGAACGUAUUUCCUGAAGAUAUCCAAUUCACAACAGUUGUCAGAGAAGCAGAACAUGCCAUUAUACAUGGAAUAAUGCCAGAACGAAUCUAUCAAGGUUCCAGUGGUAGUUAUUUUGUUAAGAAUUUUAACAGUGUGAAAAUUGGUGUAUUUAAGCCAAAGGAUGAAGAACCUUAUGGCCGAUUAAAUCCGAAAUGGACAAAGUGGAUGCAUAAAAUAUGCUGCCCAUGUUGUUUUGGACGAAGUUGUUUAGUUCCAAAUCAAGGUUAUCUUUCUGAAGCAGGUGCUUCUUUAGUUGAUCAGAAACUUCAGUUGAAUGUUGUUCCAAAAACAAAAAUAGUACAUCUUGUUAGUGAGUCUUUUAAUUAUUCUGCAAUAGAUAGAGCUAAAUCUAGAACAAAACGAAAUAUUAUAGAGAAAUUUCCUAGGUAUCGUUGUCAUUUCAACAGAAUUGGUUUGCCACUCAAAGUGGGCUCUUUCCAACUCUUUGUUGAAGGAUAUAAAGAUGCUGAAUAUUGGUUGCGAAUAUUUGAGUCAGAUCCUCUUCCUGAAGAUUUGCAAAAAGAAUUCCAGUUAAAGUUUGAGAGGCUUGUAGUUUUAGAUUAUAUAAUUCGAAACACAGAUAGGGGAAAUGAUAACUGGCUUAUUAAAUAUAUUAAGCCUAACGAAGCCAUAGGUAAUGGUAUGGUUCCUUCAAAAGGAGAAAUCGAGAUUGCUGCAAUUGAUAAUGGUUUAGCAUUUCCAUUCAAGCACCCUGAUUCUUGGAGAGCAUAUCCAUUCCAUUGGGCUUGGUUACCUAUGGCCAGAACUCCAUUUUCAACUGAAACAAGAGACUUGAUUCUGCCUCGGAUAUCUGACAUGAACUUUGUACAGGAAUUAUGCGAUGAUCUUUUUGAGUUGUUUAAAAUAGAUAGAGGAUUUGAUAGAAAUGUUUUUGAAAAGCAAAUGUCAGUUUUGAGAGGUCAGAUAUUGAAUCUAACUCAAGCAUUAAAAGAUGCAAAAUCUCCACUUCAGCUAGUCCAGAUGCCUGCAGUUUUAAUUCAGCGAAGCAGAGGGAGAAGUAAAGGCAAGUCACGGGUUGCUGAUGACAAUUUCACUCAAACAUUCCAAAGUAAAGCACCUUUUUUCUCUUGGUGUUAAUAAAUAACUGUAACUGAGCUUAAGUAUUAUUUUGUUAAAAUUUGUAUGGACAUCUUGGUAAUAUAUCUUCCAUUAGAUGAAUAGUUUUUGCCAGCUGUAUAGAAAUAUUAUGCUUGCCACAGCAUGCAUUUAUUUAUUCCUUGUGCUAUAUUCCAAGCAUUGUAAAAACACUGCAAAAAUUGUUAACUCCUUAAGCGCAUUUUGUUGUGUAUGUUAUAUUUUAAAAACUGAAUUUUUGUUUUAAAAAUAAUCAUAAAUACUUCAUGUUGUUGAAAUAUGGGCUCAAAACCUUUGCCUUCCCUAAAUAAUUUAUAGAGUCCUAUUCCAGUUUAUUUUUUUAAACACUGUUGUUGUGUUCAAGUAAACCCUGUCAAUCUUGCUUGCAUGUAUUGUUAAGCAUAAGAAAAGAAACAUUUAGUUGUAAACUGUAUAUAAAUAUCUUUUCAGAAGUAAGAUAAUGGUUGUGUGUGUGCAAGUUAUGUAUUAUUUUUUCCCCAACCGUGUAGAGUAAUUCUUUUGUAUUUUAAUACAUUAAAAAAUAAAAGUAUAAAAAUCUAUUUUUAAA